AUGUCUCUUGUCCAGGGAAUGUCAGACCAUGGCUUCCAUAGCAAGCGCGAGGUCCGGUUGAGAAGUCGGCGCGAGGCUCUAGGCAUAGACGUCGACUCCUCGGACUACGCACCGGAUUCGCCCACCGCACCACGGCAGCCAAGGUCACCAAGGCGCCCGCCACCAUCUCCCCGAACUCGCAAGCCCCCGCCCAGACCCCCACCUGUUCGAAGCCCACCGAGACCAGCCGUCUCACCCAGGCCCCCCCCAUUAGCAAGCCCGCCCCCACCGCCCCCACCGCCCCCACCCCCACCCCCUCCCAAUGUGCCUCGGUCACCAGUGUUGAGACCCCCCCCAUCACUUGGAGGCGGCAACUGCCCUGACGCCCGAGCAACCUUGGCUCAGCACAACGUCUACCGUGCGCGUCACCAGGCAGGCCCCAUGCAAUGGGACGCAAACUUGGCCGCUUCGGCGACCACCUACGCGCAAAAGCUGGCCGAUGCCGGCUGCUCUCUCAAGCAUUCCGGUGGCAAGGACUACGGCGAAAACAUCAUGCAGGUGAACACGCCGGAGGGGAAAGGUGAUGCGUGGGUGCAUGCUUUAGGCACACAUAUGCCGCAGACAUAUGUACAGGACGUCGAUGAUGAAAAGCAUGUGUUAUUGGAAUGCCGAGUCUAUAAUGAAAUUCGUGCGGAAGAGGGAUUUAAUCAUCAACAGAGCAUGUUGGAGGCCAUGAAAUGGGAGUCAGUACGUCUGGUCAUGCAGUUACCCAGGCCCGAUAACACGUGCCUGAUGGCCGUCAGCGGUUGGUACAGCGAGGUCGCGUACUACAACUUCUUCGCGCCCCAACCAUAUUACAGCAAUUGGCCUAAAGGCAUUGGGCACUUCAGCCAAGUGGUGGGUGUGCACCAUAUCGCAAACAUGAAUGAGGCUUUCGUGCCAAGACUGUAG